GUGUGCGUGCCUGAAAUGAAUGUGUACAACCAGAAACGCGUUCUGCAGUUCGUAACGGACCGACCGAGCAAACCUGUCUCGUACCAUGCUCGUAGGGGUCCCCUCAUUGAAGAGAAGGGGGUAUGGUGGGGCGCGGUUAGGCCUCCUUCCUUUAGAGAGGGAACGGGAAUAUCACGGGAGAACUUCUCUGUUCAACCAGGUUUCCAGCAGCCUAUCGAUCGGCUGCAACAACUGGCGGUGUGGCUUGCAAGGACUGAGCAUACCUGGGAGCGCUUGAGAAGCACGUCCCCCGAGACUCCCCCGAUCAAAAUCACUCGCCUAACCUCUCCCCUGCCCUCCUCGCCCUCCUCCGCAUCCUUCCCCUCCACGAACAUCGAGAAGGUCUCUCAUCGAAUCCACAGGAUCCGCCACGCGAUGGACGGCAUGGACACCAAACCGGUGUUGAACGAUGAUCCCUCGGUCACCCUGACCAUCCGCCUGAUUAUGCAGGGCAAAGAAGUCGGCAGUAUUAUCGGGAAAAAAGGCGAGAUCGUCAAGAGGUUCCGUGAGGAGUCUGGCGCGAAAAUCAAUAUCUCCGAUGGUUCCUGCCCGGAGCGAAUAGUGACGGUCACCGGGCCGACGAACUCGAUCUUCAAGGCGUUCACGUUGAUAUGCAAGAAAUUUGAGGAAUGGUGCUCCCAGUUUCACGACAUCCAGGGUGGCGGCGCCGGAGGCGGCGGUGGUGUCUCGAGGCCGCCUAUUACACUGAGACUGAUCGUACCUGCUUCGCAGUGCGGUUCCUUGAUCGGCAAGGGCGGCUCCAAGAUCAAGGAAAUCCGCGAAGUCACUGGCGCAUCUAUCCAAGUCGCUUCCGAGAUGCUGCCUAACUCGACAGAACGUGCAGUAACCAUAUCUGGUACCAGCGAAGCAAUCACGCAAUGCAUAUAUCAUAUCUGCUGCGUUAUGCUAGAGUCCCCUCCCAAAGGUGCCACGAUCCCUUAUCGCCCCAAACCCCAAGUCGGUGGGCCAGUGAUCCUGGCUGGUGGGCAAGCCUACACCAUCCAGGGUAAUUACGCGGUGCCCGCCCACUCGGACAUGGGCAAGCUGGGCAGUAAUCCUUUGGCAGGACUGGCAGCCUUAGGUCUCGGAGGCCUUGCCACACCAGCGAACACAGGUGGUCUUAAUCCGGCAGCAUUGGCUGCAUUGGCCGGGAGCCAGCUGCGUACAAGCAACACGAACAGGCAGCAACCAGCGGCGAACAAUCAGACGCACGAGAUGACCGUGCCAAACGAGUUGAUCGGUUGCAUCAUCGGAAAGGGCGGUACCAAGAUCGCCGAGAUCCGUCAGAUCUCCGGCGCCAUGAUCAGAAUCAGCAACUGCGAGGAGAGGGAGGGCGGAGCAACGGACCGCACGAUCACCAUAACCGGGAAUCCGGAAGCCGUGGGGUUGGCACAAUAUCUCAUCAAUAUGAGGAUAUCGAUGGAGACGUCGGGGGUAGCUAUGCCCGCGUAUCACUUCAUCCCACCUGACCACAUUGUGAAAUCACCCAUCCACUAAACGUGGAGAGCCAUCGUGGUCGUUAUCGUCGUCGAAAGGACGCGGGGCAUCGCGGAGUGCGCGAAGCUGUCAGUGGCAUCUGGGGCUGGGCCACACACUGUGUUCAACCAGCUUGCAAAUCGAUACACUUGCAAAAAAAAAAAGAAACAAGACACACGACAGUGAGAAAGGAAGAGAGAAAGAGAGCGAGAGAGAGAAAGAGAGACACAAUACGUAUUCACGUAGCACACUCGCAGGUACUCGGAAAGGAGUCUACUUGUGCGCGCUUUAAAGUAAGACUUGUACGUUAAAAUUGAUACAUAUACUAACAUACUGAUAUACGUACAACACGUGCACACAUACACACACACACACGUAUAUAAACAUACGUAUACAUGAAAUACACCCCUUAACGGGAGUUACGUACAUGGAGAGAUGAAGAAGAUACGCACGCGCGUACACAGACACACUCGAGUGUACAAAACUGUACAAAAAGUUAUUUAAACAAAAGAAAAAAAAAUAAUGAUGCACGCCGCAGCCGCAAGCUGCCGCCGAUUGGUAAAGGGAACAAGCCAAAGAUAUGUUAGUUUUCAUUUUUAUAUUUAAACGAAAAAAAAAGAUGACGCGAGACGGGAGAGAAAUACGAGAGAAUUAUUAUUAUUAAUUAUUACUACGAACGAUGAUGCGCUAAAUAAUAUUAGGCCGGUUGUUAGCGUUUUUUCUAUUGCGGAUACGCCGUCGCGUGGACGGUUUCGCGAUCGGUUCGCGAGCUUAGUUACUUCGUCCGGUGAGGGAAACGACAUUGUGCAACGGAAGUGCGGCUGAUAUCACGAGACCGUUGUAUUCGUCUAAUUGAUAGUCGAAGAGUUUCAAGCAAGAACUAUGUAUUGCCCUCGCGGAUAAAAUUGCAGCUUCGUGUAAAGUGGCACCGAGAAAACGUAAAUUAUAUGCAUUUUGUUUCACGCACGAUGCACAUGAGGAGACGCAGAACGGUUCCGUUUAUAGCGCAUCCAAUACGCGAGACACAAUGCAUGUAACAAUGCUUCCAUUAUUUGUAGUGAGUUUUUAUUGAUAUUAUAUUUCUCCUUUUCAGUCCUUGUAAUGUUUAUGGUAUGGAAACCUACAUGUCGACUUUGAAUGCUUCCAUUAUUUAUAAAAAUUUUGAUAUCUCUAGACGUCUUUAUGAAAAGAAAAAGAUCGAAGUUGUUUGACGUUGGGUAUCGCUGAUAUGACUUGUAUCUUUCCACAAACAUCAAUAAUUCAGCUAUAUAUUUUCUAUCUUUUAUUAUAUAUAUUUUAUCUUCUAAUUUUUCAAGACGACGAUACUUUGUGCUCUUUUUUUCUUGCUCUAAACUCUUCGAUCGGUUAUUUCGAGAUCCGUGUCCUGUUUUCUCGCGAUUGGGACACUCGGAGGAUCUAAAAUUGUAUUUCAUAUUAACUAUAUCGAUUUCGAUUAUGUGAUUACGUAGGCAUGUUCUAUCGGCACAUUCAUUAAUGCAGAUGGGACAUGCCGAAUAUCUCGAUCUCGAUUACGCGGUCUUUUUCUGCUCUACAUAUCUCUCUUGACCAUGUUGAUCGAGUGUGAGUUUACACGAGUGUGAGUUUACACGAGUGUGAUCUGUCGCGCGUCUUACACACCGAAUUCGAUCCCGUGAUCCCUCGUGUUCCAUAUCGCCGACCUCUAUUACGCGGUCUCUCGUGUCCCGUCAGCGCAUCCGCGGCCAAUUUCGAGGCCACGAGAUUGGGAACAAUCUCGCGGUCAACGGCCAGAAAUAACCAAGAUCACGAGUGACGUUAUCGCGAUUACUGUCGCGCGCGCGGAGCGUCGUGGGAAAGUAACAAUUAAUCGCGCGCAGUAAUUACGUAGUUGCGUAGCUUUUGCAUGCGAAUCUUGGAUUCCAAAAUUGUCGGUAAAAAAAACUUUUCUUUUUAAGAAAAAGAAGAAAAAAAAACGACUGCGGACGCCUUGCGCCCAUCGUUCGCUUGGCGUUUCCCGGACUCUCGGAAACGCGAAGCGGGACGAACGGGGUGCGCGUUCUUAGUGCGCUUCCAGCAUCGUUCUCGACGGGGUGUCUCUGGUCGUCCUCGACGCUAUCGUGAUCACCGGUGUGAGCAUCGAACGAGCGAGCCGUCGAAAACGGUGCUGGUCGCGCACUUCUGUUGAAGGAACAAAUGAAAUUAUUACGUGGAAUAUAUAUAAAUAAUGAUAUAUAUUAUAUAUAUAUACACAUAAUAUAUAUAUUUAUUAUACGAUAAAGACAAUUAGAAGAGAUAAAUAGCGAUGAAAAGGUGCGAGCUCAAGCCCAGACUCGAUCAAGAGGCGUCCUUUCCUUUCUUCAUCAUCUACUUCAGCUUCCUAUUACGAUUUUAUCCUCCUCUCCGUCGAACUUUACCCUCCCAACACUUGCGGUUUGAUUUGCGAAUCGUAAGGACCGCCCCGACAACGGCAAAUGUUUCUUUAUCAGCUUUAGUAGACGUAAUGUGUUCUUCUUUUAUAUGUACGAAUUUUGUUUUACUAUCGUUAUCGUCUCUUCAUUCGCGUGUAAUUUAUAGUCGUGUUAUAUAACGUUGAUAUUUAAUAAAAUUAUUACUUCAUCCGGAAGAAAAAUGCGCGCGCGCGGCAUUGUGCAACUUUUUUUUUUUUUUUGAGAUUGUUUUAUCUUAUUAAGCAUUUAUUUAUGUACUAGUCUUGUACAUGAUUGUGUUUCGGGAUUGCGUUUCGGUUCGAUUUGUUAAAUUAAAUUUAUGAAUUAUUUAAAAUAGGGCUAAGAAAAUUGCUGGAAUGUAUGAUAGCUGUGUAACUAGUUUUCGAAUUCUGUUGUGAAGCAAGAUAAUGCCAAUGUAAUUGGUAGUGGCGCGGACGAUUUACACCUUGCGAUAUAUCCUGUACCGAUAACUUCCAUUAUGUGCCAAACAUAAAUUUAAAAGUGAAAAAAAAAAAUAUUCGUUAGAAAAUGUUAGUCUGUGCUUCCGGUGUCAGCUCAAUUAAUAAUCGAUGUCUUCGCGCGUAUGUAUCACUUUUAUACAUCUUUCCCGAUUCGCGUAAAAUCGCUUUUAAUUUUAAUAUGUAAAUUAAACCCUUCGAAAAAAAGGAAAAGAAACGUUGAUUGUUGUAUCAAUUCUAAUUUAUAUUUGCCGUGGAGUUGUUUUCGUGUUAUUGUCUUUCUUUCUUUUUUUUAUUUUUAUCGAAAGUAUUUCGCGGUGCUCGCUCUUUUCGAUACGUGUUGUAAAUAUGAUUUUUCACGUUGUACAUAUUUAUUAGUUCGGGGAUAUCUCGUUAUUUAUACGAUGAAUUUUUAGUUGAAAGUGAUUUUAAUAUCUCAUAUCGGCAUCUGCGAUUUCACGUUAUUUAUUACAUCGAUAUAUUUUCUCAUUUCGAUCGCAAUAUACGCUUUCACCAUUUUUUCUCUGAAUGAAUGAGUUGCGAAUGACUCCUCCGUGCAAAACACGAGCCAAUUUCGCUCAAAAUACAGUUGUGUUGUUAAAAGUGGGACUUGUGUUUAGAGUAGAUACUUUUUUAGGAGAAAUUUAAUUGGAGACAAUCAUUUAUAUCGCAACUUUUAGACCUAUCUAAGCGAACAUUAGAAAUUUCUAUUGAUGUAAAAAUUAUUUAAAAUAAAAUAAAAUAUAACUUUUUUUAAUUACGAAUAUUAGAAGGGCUAAAAAGUAUCUGUAAUUAAAACACCAAUUAAAUUUUCAGAAGACAUUACCACGUUUUGCGACACAGUCUGUAUGUGUCUUGCGAGAGAAGAGACCGCAGGAAGAAAAGAAAUUCUGUAUGGAUUCGAUACGCUUAUUUUUGGAUCGAUAUAUAUGAGCUUUAAGGCAUAAAAUUGGUAUCGCGAGAGUCCGGUGAGUUAUUUAAAAAUUGAAUUUGAGAAACUUUUAAUCCUGUUAUUUAUAAUUAUUUUUAUAUACAUGUCAUUGUGGAGAAAGAAUCCUCUGUUAUACAUUUCGAAGAAAUGAAAAACACAAAAGUAUUUCUCUCUUUUCUCAUCGUGGCAACAAGGCACACCUCUCACAACAUCUCCUCCCUCUUCACCCUUACUAAUGCCCGUGCUCCCCCAUUCUCCACCGAUAGAUAGACGAUGACGGCGUACAGUAAUAAUUAUAUAAGGGAAAAAGGCAAAACGCGACACGAGCAACGGCAUCGUUCGAGCGAGAAGUAGUCUCUGCUAAAAAAAAGUCGACACAAAAAAAGAUGAAAAUAACAAUUAGUGAGAGACGCUGUAUGAUUGUGUAUAUCAACAAUAAAUAAUUGCUGUGAUUAGAAUCGAUUAUUAGUAAGUAGUUAAGGAUCAAUUUUUAAGGCACUUCGCGGAGAGAGAGAGAGAGAGAGAGAGAGCGAGAGAGUGAGAGAGCGAGAGAAAGAGUAAAAGGAGAGAAGGAGUACUUAUUAUUGAAAUACGAUAGAGAAAGAGAUGGGAAAAGGAAGAAAGACUCUGAGUGCAUGGGUGUACAUAUGAGCGUUUACGAGCGCGAGAGAGACAAAGAGAGAAGAGACGCGACAAGUAGGGGAGAUUCGUUCAAUGUUUAGGAAUUCACUUUUGUAGGUGAAGUAUGUACGUGCGCGCGUGCGUAUAUCCUCCCGAAUGGUCGACAGGAAUUCAAUCGCUGGGUGAUUCUGAAAUUGGAAGAGAAAAACGGGAGAUGAUUGCUGCGCGCAUUUACGUAAAGGUAAAUCACGAUCUUCCCACUCGAACUGUGUCUCUUGACGAAUAUCCUUUCAGUACCGAAUCAAAUGUAAAAAAAAAAAAAGAAAUUUAAUCCUUUGUACAUUUAUAUUUUGGCUAUCAAGUUUUUUGAAAUUCGAAUAUUUUCUACUCCAAUGCGUGUAAUGCGUUGACGUUAUUAUUUUUUUAUGACCACCGAAAACCGGAUGCAUGAUACGUGCCACUUGGGUACUGGGAGGGGUUAAAAUUAAAUAUCGCACGCCGCUUUGAAUUGGACAGAUAAUGCCGAAGUGGAUGAGAGGUAAAAAGGACUUUUCACUUUUUCAAAGUGCGUCGAGGGGGAAGAGUUUAUUCUUGCGCGAAAACGCUGCAGUAAAAUGGCGACCACGUUUAAUCCUCCGUAGACUUCAAAUGUGUCUUUAAGGUACGCGUGCAUUUCUUAUUUCUUCGAAAAAUGCUUUCGGAAUCUGCAUCGCUGCGGACCAUCGCGAUCUAUUCUUAAGAAACGUAUAAGCCGCAUAAAUAAGAUGAGAACAUUCUAAUGUUUGUUAUCAAUAUUGCUUCGCUCAGCGACAAUCGGCAUUCUUUUCCCGAACAAGAAUCUCGUGAAAAGAUUAAAGUCUUUUGUUCGAAAAGCCCCUGUGCGUAACGUGAGGUUCUUUGACGUUCGUAUCCAAAACGCGUGCUGUUUAUACAAAAGCGGGGAAAGAGAUCUGAAUAUUCUGGUUUGUCUAUUAUAGUACCUUUGCAGACGCUAUGAUCUAAAUUUCAAGGCAUCUCUUGUCGCGUUGAAAUAAAUUGAAAAUAAUUUUCGAGAACGCGCGUUUGCGUUUUUCUGCAAGUCGUGAAUUCUCGAUAGCGUAGGAAAAAUGAUUUUAAUGGUUCAGCAUGAGAGAGGCAAGCUUAGAUGUGCCAAGAGCAAUAAGUAAUAAGUGAUAAUUCUCGUAAGGGACGUAUAAAAUGUAUACAAUACGGUAUAAAAAUUGAUGAGCAGUUUUGAAUACGGACGUGAGAUCAUUGCUAAUUAUAAAAAUUAUAAUAUCACAAUAAUUACAAUAAUUACGAAGCUACGGCAAUGAUGAGUGAAUGGGAUUACAAACGAAAUUCUGUAGAACUUUCGGAUUUCUAUGAAAUCGAAGUCCGAAAUCGGAAAAAUUAACGGAGAAGACUGAAAUAUGUAGAUCGGAGAGUACUCUCUGACCGAAAAUCCUAUUCACUCUCCAAAGUCUCUGGCUGGCUUAGCAUUAUUAUACAUAAUUAAAUGACUGCACAGAAAUGGUUAACUGAAAGUCACUUGGGAAUCGGAGGAGGAGAAAUGAUAUUGCAGGGAAGUCUAAGAUCUUAGCGAAAUUUCCAAUUAUGUUGAAAUUUUGAUGCUCUGUAGGAUUUACUUUGUCUUAUUAAAAAGAUUUAAUUCUGUUCGAUAUAUGCAGUAAUUAAGGGGCUGGAAUAAUCUAUGAGUAUUAUUACAAUUGUCUCUCGAAGCAAGCUUCUACAGAGUUUUGUAAUGAAAUGAACUGAUCGACGGAAAAUCGAAGAAUAGGACCGGUUAGACAGUUCUGUUGUAGCCGAUGGUUUUCUCGUUACCGCAUCCAGUCUAUCCGCCGUCUGUCCGAGGAUGUCCUUUUGUCGCGCUGACGUAUUCCAGAAGCAUAUCCAGUGACACAUAUGACUAGGCUACGAAUAAUUAAUAAUCUCUUUUGCUCUCCGAUAAGCUAGCCUAUAUUUAUCCGGCGUGUAUCAUCAUUCAACUCGAUUAAUUGUAUAUUUCGAAGCACCUUGUAUGGGCACUUCGACUCGAUCGACUCUGUAGUUUCUAGUAACCGUUAAGGUAUCGUCUAUCGCGUGUAAACUCGUGUUUGGAGAUAAAGAGGAGGGGAAAAAAAAAAUAUCGGAGAGACGGAACAAGUAGGAGAUUAAUCUAAGUACGAUCAACGAGGAGAUUAGGACACGUUAGAUUGUAUCCCCUCAAGAUCUGUUGCACCAAUAUUAGUUAGCACUAACCGCAGUUAACGAUAUCUGCUUUCUAUAUUGUAGAUAGGGGCGUGUUCUGGGCAGAAACGUGGAGUAAUGUAAGAUGUUAGUUAGUCGAAGCUAUCUGUGCCGUUGACUAAAGUCAGUUACACGUAAGAGAGCUUGUGUUUUACACGAACGGUUAGACCUAACUUUGGACGCAACCGACGCUGACCAAUGUUUCAACGAGAACGCGGUUAUUUUCGCGCGUGUCGGAAUUGCGUGAGCGGGAGAGAAAGAGAAAAUAACGCGAUCGUUGAAUGGUCCCGGGUACGUACGCCCCUUCCCCUUCAUUAUGUUAAGAUACACACACGAGCUAGUGAGAAGUGUUCGACGGCAAAACGCGAUCGCAGAGAGCGGGCUCGGAACGCUCGACGACUCGCCUCGCAGACACGGUGUAUUAAAGAAGAGAAAGGAAAAAGUGUGAAAAAGUGCGAGCAAAUGUCAGCAUUAAUUGCGAUCAUAUCGUUGUGGCGUAGAGCAAUCUGUUAGUGCAGGGGCCUUAUCCUUAUUGCGUGGGUCCUGUCCGAGGAUUGUCGCGAUCGCGAAUCGCGCGUGCGGUACGCGAGCCGUCCAUCCUCAAUCGAGGUGUGAAAUCAGACUUUUGCGAAACGCUGAAACUCGAGUCGAGAUACAAGUACAAAUCGCUGCAAGGUAUCUACUUCUGCAAGAUUUCCAAAGCGUUUCUUUCACACCCCGACUUUCGGAACGGCUCGACAGUAGUGAGAGAGAGUCAGUUGCUAAGAUGGAACGCGUGCUUGUCGCGAGCUUCGAUCUGCGAAAAGUUGUCUCGCGAAGCUGCGGGAAUGAACAUCGGUGCGUCCGCGGCAAUUUUCGGCUGGGACCCGACUUAACCGUAACGCAAGGCAAUCAGCUAAGAAAUAAACUUAGUUUUUAUAGGAUAUUGAAUCGUCUCGCGCCCUUCCCCGGCGGGGCGUGGAAUUAAAGGGCAAAGCCUUUCUUCCUCGAAUCGCGAAGGAAUAAUCCGGCGCGAUCGGGCGAUUGUUCGCGAUCUCCUGACGCCGUAGUGUCGCGCGAUUAGAGGACCGGUCGGACGACAAGUGUGUUGCAAACACCUAAAACAAACUGCAAUUUUUGGAAAAUUGCAUUGUCACUAACAAUGUAUAACGCGAAGGAAAAUUCGAAAGUAAACGGCUGUAUGAGUACAGUAAUAGAAUAGAAUUGGCAUAGAAUAGAAAAUGCAAAAGUAUCAUUGCUAGAAUGAAUGAUGCUGAAAUGCAACACUUUGUAUUCGUAAGAUGCUUCAUCCCGAGCUGGUAAUGGAGCAAAGGAUGAAUAACUUUCAAAUUUCUACGAACUUUUAAACAAUAUUUGUUGUUUAAGACUAGAAUAUGCGAUUACUAUUAAAUAAUAAUCAAUAUUCUAUGUAAUUAGAAAAUCUUCGUAUACAAAGCUAGUCGAUCCUUCGAUCUGUCGUCUAAUCGGUCUUUCCAUCGCGCUUUUUUUCCCCGCAUUAAUCGAGGCGAAUUAAAAAUCGAGCGCAUGUAGGUAGGUCAACAUGAUAAGGAAGAAGGCUGUCGAUCACGGAGCCAAAAACCAUUUGAUGCGAUUUAGGUGCCAAAAAAAUCGAUUGUGAAAAAAAACCCAUCGCCGAGCGGCUCAACUUUGUGCCAAGCCAAUGUAAAUUGCGAGCAGUGUAACACGUGUGCCAAAUCGCCAUUUAUUAUAAUCGCUGUUUUCCAGUGGCGAAUCCUCCCUGACAAAUCUCUAAAUAUCGACGAGAUUAGCUCGCGUUUGCUUUCUUCUACGUGAUGAUUACGCUUUAUGCUGAUUAAUCUUAGAUUCGCGCGAGUUGCGAGAAUUUUCGUCGCAAAUGUGAUCGCAGUGAAAUUAUAUUCUCGCAAACUUGGAACAAUUUUUAUAAUUCAAUUUUAUCUUAUCGUCAAUAUCUUGCAAUAUCUCAGCGGCUGCAGUCUUAGAGAUUCAAAUGUCGCUGAAUAAAAUACUUUUAUGCAUUAUUCUUCUAUUCCAUUUUAUUCUCAAUUAAAAAGUUUUGUUAGAAAUUUUAAUAUGUUAAUAUAUUAGUUACAAUUUGCAAAAGAUAGUAAUCUCGUCGAAUCGGGAUAUCAGGAAGGCAGUAAUAAAUGAAUUACGUUUUCACGGCAGCUCGAAUGUAUGUAAAUUAGAAAAUAUGCUCUUGCUGAAUGCGACAGGAGGUCGAAAUUAUAGUAAAGAAAUACGAUAUUACAACUUUGCAUAGGAAACUUUGAGUUUUUGCACUUGCGAUACAUUGAAAAGAAUGACUCUCGCGUCAUCUCGCGAAGAGAUUAAACGGAGUCAAAAAUUUCGCUCUCCUCUCGUUAGCGUAAUUACUUUCUACCGUGUUUUCCUCUUCUUCUUCUUCUUCUUCUUCCCGCUCUUUUUUCUCUUUGACAAUUACUAGAUUAAACUUGCAGCAAUCUGUUGUUCAAUCUGCAAUAGAUUGUUACCAAGGCAGAAGUCUGAUUCCGAGACUUAUAACAUCAUCUUACAAUUUGUCGUGAAGGUGUUCUUUUUCAAAUGAAAACGUAAGUCAUAUCAAUUAUCGAUGAGAACAAUAAAUUAGAUAUCCCCUUCUUUAAUACGAAAAGUGUUCGUCGUGAAAUAUUGUAUUUUCGUAGAAUACGCGUUUCGUCACGCGAUUUGACUGUAGAAAACUACAAGUCUUCGACUGGUAUUGAUUAUAUAAAAAAAAAAAUAUUCCACAGAAAGUGAGAAUUGCGAUGAUGGUGGUUUCUAUUGUGGCCACGUGAAAAGAAAGACUGCUUUACGCGGAUUUUCUUUGCUAGGGAAAUGUGGCGACACGCUAUUGCGGAUUGUUGCGACUUGAUCCAUCGUCGAAGUCUCUUCGUAUAAAUUCUACGUUACCGUUAUUCUUUCGUUGUCUUUUCGUUCACCAUCGAGAAGCGUCAAUGGAGAAAUACGUAACGGAGGAAGGGUGGUUCACAGACGAACGAACCCUUUGUUCUCUCUUCCCAACGCAGUCGCGUCUUCUCGAUCCCUCUUUGUCCUCUUCUCUCUGUGUCUUGGAUCCUAUUUCCUUUAUCUUCCUCGGCCAGGAUCGAUUUAUGUUGAAAAGCCUUUACGAAAACAGGGUCAUAAAUACUUACGUAUAAUACGAGUAUUUUAAAUUUUUAACGCGAAAGAAAAACUAAGAAAGAAAGGGGUAAACAAAACGAGGUGUAGUGCGAUGUAACAGAGAAAAAAAAAAGAAUAAAAUUUUUUACAAAAAAAAAUAAUAAUGUGAGGUAUAAAAUGUCGCGUGUACGAUUUGCGACUGCGUCUUUCAAUGCUUAUCGUCGCUCACCGAAAACACGUGUGCGCGCAUGGAGUGCGCAAGAUGUGAUCUUACAGUCGAGUUCCGCGUGCUUUCCUCGAUUCUUUCAACGGUGAUCGCAAAUCUUUUGACCUUUAAUUCUAUGAUAGUUUUAUUCCUAAUAUAAUGAUUUUCAAAAUUCAAUCGACAAUAUACAGCGACCAAUGGAAGUUAUUACUGAGAGAAAGGGUCGAGCGAGGGACACGCUGCACUCGAUCAGAUGUGAAUCGAUCGUCACAAACGAGGUCACGACUAAACGAUAUCGCGCGCACGUGGUGCAGCAAGGGAAAAAGUAUCUACGAAAAAAAAAAAAAAAAGAAUGUAUCCGUGACAUUUUUUCGCAAUCGGUCGCCUCGCACAGUGUAAAGUACAUUAUUCCAGGGUAAAGUUUUGUAAAAUCGUCUGGUACGCAAUAUUUUAUGUAAAAAGUAAAUACACUUAACGAGACACACGAAAACAACCGACACACUCACACGCAAAACACACAAAAAACGAUGAGAGAGAAUGAGUGAGAGAGGAAGAGAGCGAGAGAGAGGGAGAGAGAGCGGUGUGAAUGGGAGACUCAGUGGAGAGACGCUUUCGUGAUGAUCGCACCGGAGCGACGCGAAACGCCUGCUGUAGGCCGGCGAUACGUACGCGUACGUAUAUGUAUACGUAUACACACAUACUUACAUACAACAUACAAUUACCGUAAGUAUAUAAGAUAUACUUAUACUUUAUAUAGCUGCAUUCGUCGUCACUACGUAUACGGGGCGGGCGUUGACAGGUGAUUUGUCUCGGCUGGCGUGUUGAGGAUCGCAUGGAUCGAGAGAGUGAGAAUGAAAGUGUGAGAGAGAGAGAGAGAGAGAGAUAAGUGGGAAGAGAGUGUGUGUGUGUACAUGCGAGAAGAGGAGAACUAUAUCUUGUAGUCGACGUUACAUAUCUUUGAAUCGUUUGUUUGCGAAGCGUCAUAUCGUUCAACGUUGCAAAUAGCUGAUGUCACCCCGACAUGUUGCGAGAACGGUAGAACGCUAGUCGUAGUGUGGAAAUCAAUAGCCCAUGUUCAUAUCGUACAUCUAAUGAUAAAUGUGGCUGUUUGUUCCCAAAUCUCGUCUCGUAUUCUAAUUAAAAAAAAAAAAAA